UUUUUUUUUCCUUUCUCUUUCCUCCUUUCUCCCUCUCUCCUCGCCCACCCCACUGUCCCCGCAAGAUGAAGCCCAGCUCUGGGUCCCCCUCUCCUUUCCUCCCACUUAUCUCGCUGAAAAAAAAAAAAAAAAAAAAAAAAAAUAUUGGCAGGCAGUCGCGCAGCUGAGCUGCUUUUCUGCUCCUUCGCCUCUCAAGCUGCCCUGCCAUGGCAAUAGAGGAGUGCGGGGAUGCACACCCAUCCCCUUGCAACAUAACCUUGGGAAAGGAGAAACAGCACAAACCCUAGAUGCACAUCCACCAUUGUCUGGGCUGCUUUUCCUGCCUGUAAGACUUUCUUUCUUUCUAACUCCCCCCCCCCCCCCGGCCCCCCUAAAAAAAAAUUGAGGCAGAUCACAUUUUGGAAGGUCUCUCUGCUUCUCCAGCAGAAAGCAAAUCAGCCAGCUGGUAAGGUUUUACUUCUAACUGUAAUUGAGUCCUGCAGAACCGCUGACACGCUAAACAAGGGAUCUGUACACUCUUUAUUUUUCGCAACAAGAAAAGCAAAUGCCAGCUCAAUACGAAGCUCAAAGCCCGUGGCACUGGAAUAAAUUAGAUAUAGAGCUGAAUGGCAUUUGGGAAAAAAGAACUCUGAAACUAUUAGCCGCAAGUUCGGUUUUCCCAUCCGGAGUCUUUCCCGAGCAAACUUCUUGCGCUUUCGCCUCCAACACCCAGCGAGCGGGGUAUGGGGCCGGAUCCACGCCUCCCUUCGCCGCCUCCAUGCCCGGGCUCUACUCCAGUGGCAGCGCCGUGCACCCCCAGCCCCCCAGCAUGUAUUCCUCCGGUUACGGCCUGGAGCCGGGCUCUUUCAACAUGCACUGUUCCCCUUUUGAGCAAAAUCUCUCCAUGAUGUGCCCGGGAGAUGCCUCCAAGCAGAAUUGCAGCAAAACGGACCAGAGGGACUCAGAUUUGCAAAGCGACAGUAACUUCCGUAUCUACCCCUGGAUGAGGAGCACAGGCACCGACAGAAAACGCGGCCGCCAGACCUACACCAGGUACCAGACCCUGGAGCUGGAGAAGGAGUUCCACUACAACCGCUACCUGACGAGGAGGAGACGCAUCGAGAUCGCCCACGCUCUGUGUCUCACGGAGAGACAGAUCAAAAUCUGGUUCCAGAACAGGCGCAUGAAGUGGAAAAAAGAGAAUAAAACUGCCUGCUCCGGCUCCAACAGUCAGGAGAAACCAGACGCGGAGGACGACGAAGAGGAAUGAAAGGGGCGAGGGGUGGAUGCAGGAAACGUGGAAGCCCACGCGAGAAGAAAAGGGGGGGGAAAACACACAGAAAAAGACUAUAUAUGAAAAUACAUAAAUGAUAAGUGCAUAAAUAAUUAAAAACCCUAGGAAUGAUACAUUGUGUUUCCUGACACUGAAAAAAAUACUACCUAUAUUAAAGUCUUUUUUUUUUUUUUUUUUUUUUUUUGUACAAUAGAAUGACUAUCUACCUAUUAAAUGUGGCUUUAGAGUCGGAAUAGACACAUUUUUCUAUGUGAGUCUUCCUAUAGUACAAGUAAUUUGUAAAUCUCCGUUUGUACUUCGCUGUGUACUUUUUGGUAUGAAGUAACGUGGUCGUGUUUAGCACCUUUAAUUUAGAAAAUGUGACCUGAAAGUCUGAAUGCAAAUUAUACUUAGCGUAUAUAGUCCUGUACAUAAUAUGAAUGAUUAUUACGCCUUCUCCCUGUAACCUCUGUGGUUCUUUUCUCCUUGCUAUGCUCUUUUGUCUGUGUAUAUUUUUACCUGCAUUUCUUCCUUGUUCAAGUCUCUACGAAAAAAAGAAGAGGAAUUAAUAUUGUGCUACGUAAAACAUUGUAUAUCAAAGUAGCAAAUUAUUUAAUGGCGACGCGUUGCUUUUUUUUUUCCCCCCUUGUC